GUCUCUGGGACGUCCUCAGUGUCUCCGUGUCUCUGGGACGUCCUCCUGCUGCUGAUUGGUCAGUGUUAGCGGCGUCUGAUCUUGGACCAAUCAGAUGACGCCUCCGUGGGAAUGUAGCUCGACCUGUUUGAGAGAGAGAGAGAGAGAGAGAGAGAGAGAGAGAGAGAGAGAGAGAGAGAGGGCGAGUCUCAUAGAGUCACAGAGGGAGAGAGAGGGGGGAGACGUCCUCGGACACACACACUGGACAGAACACACUGUGACAUCACUGUGACAUCAUGAGUGUCCCCACUGAGCACGGCAACAGCAGAAAAAUGAACGUAUGUUUGUCCUGAUGGUCAGUGAAGGCAUCUCUGUGAUGUGUUCAGACACCUGGUCCUGGUCCUCUCCCUCUCCCUCUCAGGGCCACUUCAGGUCCUCCGGGUCCUCUGAACAUCCAGGACAUGGAGCUGAGGGAGGAGUGGCAGGACGACGGCUUCCCCAGUCCACUCCCAGAAGACGUUGAGCGUCCAGAGGAGGAGGAGAGUCCACCAGGAGGCGCCGUUCGGCCGACACCGCCCACCAGCCUCGCCCUGUCAGGUACCAUUAGGGGCGGGGCUAAGAAGCGCCUGGUUGCUCCGCCCCUCAGCCGCGACUCUCCUGAACCGAACAGUGACAGCUUCUCUGCCGCCGCGCUUUCAACGCCGUCGUUCGACAUCAACCUGGAGGCUCUGGAGACGCCGUCGGACAGCGAGACGGGGACGAACCACGAGCUGGACUGGGAGGAUGAGCUCCCUCAGAUGGAGGCGAGGGGGGCCCUGGGUCCCGCACGGAGCCCGGUGGACCGGUCUGAAGGUCUGCUGGAGCUGGACCAGGUGGACAGCAGGGGGCGCCGCUGGAGGAGGUUCUGCAUCUCUGGACAGGAGUACCGGGUCAACAUGAGCGUCCUGGAGCCGUACCUGCAGGUCCUGUCCCACGGAGGUUACUACGGAGACGGGAACGCCAUCAUCCUGUUCACUUCCUGUUACCUGCCUGAGAACACGGUGGAGGACUACGAGUACGUCAUGGACAACCUGUUCAGGUACAUGGUGGGGACGCUGGACCUGAUGGUCUCAGAGAGCUACCUGCUGGUUUACCUGUGCGCCAUGGCCCCCAGAAACAAGCUGCCUCCAAUCAGAUGGAUGCACCGCUGCUACACGUCCAUCGACAGGAGGCUGAAGAAGGACCUGAAGGGUGUGCUGGUCGUCCAUCCUGCCUGGUACAUCAGAGCCAUGAUCACGCUGGUCAAACCCUUCAUCAGUGAGAAGUUCAGCAAGAAAAUCUGCUUCAUUCAGAGUCUCCAGCAGCUCUCACAGUUCAUCCCCACAGAACGACUGCAGAUCCCAGACGCCAUCCGCCAGUAUGAUGAGAAGUUAAACAGAUGAUGAUGUCUGUCUCUCCUGGAGGUCAGAGGGCACCUGACCCAGUGACCUUUGCCCUGUUUCUUUAUUGAAUGAACACAUUAACAGACCAUCCAUCAUGUAAAUAAAUUCCAACCCCCCGGUAUCCAUGGCAACACAGACUUCUUGUUUAUAGUAUUUAUAUGUUCCAGUGACAUCUAAAAUAAAAGUGUCAGAGGAUCAGGCUGA